GUUCACUCCCUCGCUUCAAUGAAACAAUCUGAUACCGGAUGAUCCUCGAACUACAUUGAUUGGCGUUGUGAGGCCACCCUCCGCGAAUGGCUCUGGGCUGAAACAGUACAGCGACCUAUCACUGGCAGAGUUUGGCCCGGAAGCCCCUCCGCUGGGUCGGAUACCUGUGCCACUUCCGUUAAUCCAUGACUAGUAGUAAGUAGUAUUUGACUUGGCUCCCCAGUCAUCAAAAUUCCCAAAGUUUCACCCAUCAAUUCGAAUUGUAAUGACAUUUUACCCUAAUUCUUUCCCGGAUACCUAAGGUCCUCAGGCAUUUUUAAGGUUCGGACAACUUCCACCAGUCCCGGUGAAAACAGCAUAAAAUCCUAUCGACCAUCGACAGAUUCAAAAUCCAAAAAAAAGUGUGCCCCCCCCCCGGCUUAGCACUAAAAGAAGGGAUUAUGGAACGGUUGGUGGACCUUCUCCCAAAAACCCUGCAGUGCCUGGACCGGAAAACUCUAUCUGGCCGAAUGCGGAAGAACUCAACGAUGAUCGUCGUGAUGAGGAUUCCUCGCCCGCGUCAUAGCAUUUUUACCAUGGUAGUCAGUUAUCUUAUCCUCUUUCGUAAAAGACGUUGGGUGAUGACAGAGGCAACGGGGAAAAUAAAAAAAAUAAACAAAAAAGGCUGAUCUGCUUGUUCAAAUACUCUUCGAGUCAAUGUGUACCAGAAUUUAGGCAGAAUAUCUGUAACGUACACUCAUAACAGUGGCCGCAUCUGUUAUUCGGUACCGAACAUGGUAUUGGUUUGGUUCUCUCGACAGACCGCCUGCGUUCAAGUUAACUGGGACCAGGUCUUUAAGGAUCGAUAAAUCACAAUGCAUU